CUACGGUCAUGGAAAACCUUGAAAACCUGGAAUUGUCAGGGAAUUUUUUCUUGGUCAGGGAAAACCUGGAAAAGUCAGGGAAUUUUAUAAAAUAUUUUUUCAAAAAUUAAUUUCCCGUAUGUGAAUCGCGUAAAUUUCGAAGCACCAAGUUGGCAAUACUGCCUUUCUUUUCUACUGAUAUAAUUCAGUUUUGAAUUUAGCGCUUAAAAUUAAAGUCAAGAUGGUGCUUCUAAAUUGUAGUGUCUAUUGGUUAAAAAUUUUUCUUAGCGCGCAUUACAUUAUGAUAAAGCAAUUACGUUUUUACGUAUACUGAGAUGAAUCAACACCACAUCAACACGGUCAAUCCAGUGUUUAAAUAAUUUUCAGUGUUUUUAUGUGUUCCCAAUUUAAAAGAGUUUAUUCUGUGCAUAGAUUGUGAUGCCAUCUACAAAAAAACGUCAUUCCAAGAUGACUGGUUGUCAAACCCGAAUUACGAAAUGUACAUUCGACGAGCUACUGAUAGUAACCACAAAGCUUCAUGUAUUCUUUGCCACUCCAGCUUCAGCCUCAGCAAUAUGGGGAAAAAAGCAUUAGAUAGCCAUAUAUCGGGAAAAAAAACACCAGAAAGCGGUACAAGUGAAAAACAGUAGUCAUAACAUCCGUUUGUUUGGAGCUGUGGAAUCAAAUGCACCAUCUGAUAAUAACCAGCAACAGAAUCUUGUCGAUAUUCAAAACAAUGGAGGUACGAACAAGGAUCCGAAUAUUUCUAAGGCAGUAGCGAGUAACAUAGAUGGAAGAGCACCUGCUAAAUCGAACGACAUAUCACAGUACCUGAAUAAACAAUAUGUUAUCAAAGCUGAAAUUAUGUGGACAAUGGCCAGUGUUAUGUACCAUAUGCCCAUGUCAACUGCCGGAAAAUGUACUGAACUUUUUCCUGUCAUGUUUCCAAACAGUCCAGAGGCUGCUGGAAUGCAGUUAGGUCGAGCAAAAAUGUCGUACGUGAUUUCUCAUGGUUUAGCACCAUAUUUCUUGGACAACCUUUUAAUCAAGGCCAGCGAGAGUGACGCAAUAGUCAUAUAUUUUGACGAAAGUUUUAACAAAAGUAUUAAAUCUACCCAAAUGGAUUUCGCUAUAGGCUUCUGGGAUAAGAAACAAAUCAGACUUCUAUUAGAUACUACACGUCAUCGUUUCUCGGUCACUGCACAGCUGUUGAUCUCUUGAAUGCUUUUAAGUCUACGCUCGUACCUUUCAUGCUAUUGAAACUUUUGAAUAUUUCCAUUGAUGGUCCCAAUGUGAACCUAAAAUUUGUAAAUGAUCUGAAAAUCGAUUUAAAUUUUGAAAAAAAUCCGGAAUCCCUUCAAUUUCUCUUCAUGGGAACUUGCGGUCUACAUACGUGUAAUAAUGCUUUCAAAGAAGGUGCCAAAGCUACAAAAUGGGGGAUUGCUGAAUUUCUAAGAGCAGUGUUUUAUAUAUUUAAGGAUUCCUCUGCGAGAAGAGACGAUUACACCAAAUAUUCAGGUUCUGAAGAGUUUGGUCUCAAAUUAUGUCCCGUUAGAUGGCUCUGCAAUAGAGAGGCUGCUGAAAGAGCACUGAAAAUUCUUCCUAAUUUGAAAAAAUAUGUGGAAUGAGUUUCUAAAAGCAACAAGGACAAGAGUAUUAAGGCUGGGAGUUACCAGACUUUAAAAAAUUGUCUAGAGGACAAACUGCUUGCCGCCAAGCUUGCUUUUUUUGGCUAUGUAGCUUCAACUUUGGAACCAUUUUUAACGGAAUUUCAAACGGAAGCACCUAUGGCCCCCUUGCUUUUUUCGUCGCUUCAUGGAGUAGUUUUGGAUUUAAUAAAGAUAUUCGUAAAAAAAGAAGUGCUUGUGAAGUCAACAAAUAUCGCUAAAAUAAAUCUCGAUGAUUCAGAAAACUUGAGAGUAGCUGCGAAUAUUAAUUUAGAAGACAGUUUUUCUGUGAAUACAGAGCUCAAAAAGGCAAAAACCGCAUCUGAUAAGGAAAAAUUGAUCUUUAAAAAUGACUGUAGGACAUUUUUGAAAUGUCUGUGCAAAAAACUAAUAGAAAAAUCUCCUCUGAAAUAUGAAUUGUGCAAGGGCAUAUCUUGCUGUGAUCCAUCGGUGAUUGUCAAUUGCUCAAGUUCAACCGUAUCCAGGCGGCUAGAUUCAUCGCUUUCAUGUUUUGCGAAAGGAAACUGGCUAAGUUUAAAAGAGUGUGACAAGAUUAAGAAAGAAUUUGUCACUCUUGCUGCGAAACGUAAUGUAAGGGAUAGUUGUAAAGAUUAUAAAAGGUCCGAACGUCUUGACACAUUUUGGAUGACAAUUUUAAAUUUUAACGAUUCCUCACUCGAGAUAAAGAAGUUUUUGAAGUUAGUCCUCCUUCUUAGCCACGGCAAUGCUUUCGUAGAAAGGGGGUUUAGUGUAAACAAGGAAAUGGUAAUUGAAAAUCAAAAAAAGAGUUCGUUAAUUGCACUGCGACAAGUCUAUGAUGGAAUUGUCGCGGAAGGUGGUCUCACGAAUGUAAGCAUAACGUCAAAAAUGAUUGAUCGCGUACAGUUUUCCCGACGAGAUUAUAUGGAUGCACUAAAAAAAGAGAAGAAACAGACUGCAAAUGAUCGUGAAGAGGACUUAAAGAAAAAGAGUUUAAGUGAGAAGUUAAAAGAUCUUCAGGAGAAGAAAAGAAGUAUUGCACUUGAACAUAAGACAAAAACGGAUUCAAUUAAUGAUGAAAUUGAAGCUUUAUGCAUGCAAUUGAAGUAAACGAUUCUUUAUAUUAAUAACUGUUAUAUCGAUGUCUUUAAAUAUUUAUCAAACUCUAAUAAGUGUUCACUAUUUGAUAUAGUGUAAGUUAUCUCACUGAGACUGAUUAGUUUUGCUCUAGUACUAGUGUAAGUGGAAUAUAUUUUUGUUAUAAAGGUUGAAAUGUCUCACUACAACUGAUUAGUUCUAAUACAAAUUGAUAUUAUAUUUUGUAUUCAAAUUAUUAUGUUCAGACUCAUUAAAAGUUGUUUCCAAAGAUUCCUAAUAAAAUUAAA